GCUACAGCUGUGACUUACAAACUCCGCGGUCUGAGAGUAGAUGUCACGGAUCGUGUGGCUGCACAGAGAUAAGCCAGGUUCUUCCAGCACCGGUAAAACAUCAUCGUUGUCCUAGAGAAGCAAGCAUCAUUCCUCUUCCCUUCCUAAACCUCCAACAACCAUGACGGCGAAUGGGACCAGUGAUGUGCUUCAGAUCCAACUUGGACUCAUUAGUUGCGGAAACAAAUAUCUCACAGCAGAAACGUUUGGGUUCAAGAUCAAUGCCUCGGCAACCAGCAUGAAGAAGAAACAGAUCUGGACGCUGGAGCAGGAUGGCGAUGAUUCUAACACUGUAAUGCUGAAAAGUCACCUGGGCAGGUACAUCGCAAGUGACAAAGAUGGUAACGUUACAGGUGAGAGUGAGACGCCCAGCGUGGAUUGCAGGUUCACCAUCAUCGCCCACGACGAUGGCCAGUGGUCCCUGCAGUCUGAGCCUCACAAGCGCUAUCUCGGCGGCACUGAAGACCGGAUCACUUGCUUCGCCCAGACCAUAACCUUGGCCGAGAAAUGGGUCGUGCAUUUCGCCAUGCACCCGCAGCUCAACAUCUUCAGCGUCACGCGAAAAAGAUACGCUCACCUGGUGGCCGAGCAGGGCGAGAUGGUCAUCGAUAAGGACACCCCAUGGGGCGUCGAUUCCAUGAUCACUCUGGUCUUCCAAGAUCAGCGCUAUCAUCUGCAGACCUCCGAUAAUCGAUUCCUCAAGAACGACGGCACGCUGACCUCUGGCACCGACAAGACCACGGGCUACACCUUGGAGUUCAGAUCGGGGAAGGUGGCCUUCAGAGAUUGCUCAGGGAAGUAUCUGGUUCCCAGCGGUCCGAGCGGAACCAUGAAAUCAGGCAAGAACUCCAAAGUCGGGAAAGACGAGCUGUUUGUGUUCGAGCAGAGUCUCCCGCAAGUUGUGCUUACGGCUGGUAACGAGCGAAACGUGUCUAUCAGACAAGGCGUGGACCUCUCUGCUAACCAGGAUGAGGAGGGUGAUCAAGAGACCUUUCAGAUGGAAAUCAGCAAGGACACAAAGAAAUGUGCUUUUCGGACCUGUACUGGAAAAUACUGGACCUUAACAGCCAAUGGGGGUUUACAGUGCACUGCUGACUCAAAGUCUGACAGCUGUUAUUUUGACGUUGAAUGGCAUGGGAAGAAGAUCGUACUAAAAGGCACAAAUGGAAAAUAUGUGUCUGCCAAAAAGAACGGUCAGCUGACUGCCGUUAACGACACUGCAGGUGAGACGGAAGAGUUCCUGUUGAAGCUCAUCAACAGGCCAAUCAUUGUGCUUCGUGGAGACCUCGGCUUCAUCGGCUGCCGGAAGCUGACGGGGACCCUGGAUUGCAACCGCUCCUCGUACGAUGUCUUCCAGCUGGACUUCAACAAAGGAUCCUAUAGUCUCAGAGAUUCUACCGGGAAAUACUGGACAGUUGGGGAUGACACAUCCGUGGUCAGCGGCAGCGACACCCCGGUGGACUUCAUGCUGGAGUUCUGCGACUACAACAAGUUGGCCAUAAAGUCCAUGGAGGGCAAAUACAUAAGAGGAGACUACGCUGGUGCUCUGAAGGCCAACGCGGACGGCACUGACAGCUCCACUAUGUGGGAGUACUAGCUGUACUUCACCAACGAUCAGGCCUUUCUGUAAAUUCAGUUUGCAUGCACUUAAGGUUUCAGGAUGCUGACCUGCAGAAAAACUGGUAGGACUGGCUCUGCCUUAAGCGCUGUUCACAGCUACUGAACGGGGUCAUAUAACACGAUGCUACAAGCCAUGCAUUUUCUGGAAAACUAUAGCGUGACUCUCUUCCCUUUUUGCAAAGCUCAGCAUUUUAUAAUACUUAUUCUUGCACAAGACCAUGGAUUCAUGAAUGCAUAUUUGUUCAGGUUUGUUUACAGUUGCUUUUUUUUUUUUUUUUUUUUUCUUUUCUUUAAAAUUCAACAUUGCUUUGCAUUAAGUCUAUUUCAUGCAAAGCUGUAUGUUAAGGAUGGCUUGCGAUUUCAGCAUCACACCUGAGCCGGUGGUCAAUAUUUGUAAAUGCUAGUUUUACAGUGUUUCCUUUCAGCGAGACUUAGCCAUUCAUAUCUGUAACUAAACUUGAAAUUUCUCAUAUAAAGAGAUUCCAGGACAUCUGUGCUCUAGAUUUGUAUGGCUGUGUUUUGUGUUGACCGUGGUAAAAAUUUAAAUUGUGUUUUGGAAGUGAUUCAUUUCAACGAUGCUGGUGACGACAUAAAGGUUAAAUUCAAACGCAGAGAUCUCUGAAG